AUGUCCGUGGCUAUGGCGACGGGAAGCGUCGGGAUCUGCGGUCGCCUGAAGUCCUUUGGUGGGGAUCAACAGUUAUGCCCCACUGGCGGCAGUUCUCGCGGCGAUCUCCGUGCUGUGUGCUGGAAUUCGUCGAGGAGAAGGUAACUGUCCUCGUGGCAUUCGUCUUCGCUUUAUUUGCGUCGGAUCCUUUCUGCUGACGAGUUGAGAUAAUGGAAGCCUGAUCGCCGUUAAUCAAAAUCGGCUCUCCCCAAGGAGAUUCCUGUUUCUGGGUAUCCAACGCUAAAGCGCUCCUCUGAUUUUCUUUUCAAUCAAAUCUAGUCCGAUAGUUUGGACGCUCUCUUUUGGUGAUAGUCAGUUCACUCAAUCUUUACUCGAUGAAAGCGGCUCAGCAAUUGAGGACUAGUUGCUUCGUCAAAUCCAAAAGUCCCGUAUCUCUUGUUUCUUCUAUGACAGUCGAUCCGUGUGAUCUUUACGAGAAUGAAGCAGCCCAAGAAUGGCGUACAGCUGCAUCAAAAUUAUUACAAUGUCGAUAUACGAAUGCUCCAUUAAUUAUUAGUUAAAUUAAUUGCGACAACCUUCUGCAAAAAGGAGGUGUAAUUGACCAGUAAUACUGUUUUCAAUUCCACAAUUUGAUACUUCUGGUGUUUUUUCCGGUUAUUUUCUUCAUAUCCCAGAUGAUCUACGAACUUCCUCAUCCAGAAAAUAUAAUUGGUUGAUUCAUCAUUUUAAUAUCGACCUGGUUUUGAGUUUUUUUCAGCCAACCGUCUUCCUUGGCCGUUCACAUUGUCAGGGCUGCAACGCCAUCUACUGUGGAGGUAUUGAAAUGAUCAUCACUUUGAGGUGAUUUCUCUGGACUGUUUGUCAUUUCUUAGAUUGUUGGUUUUACAGGGGGGCCGUUCUAGUGAGACAGACCAAGUUCCCACUCCCAAGGUCACUAUAGAUCAGGAUUCGGAUCCAGAUGCAACUGUGGUUGAGGUUACAUUUGGCGAUCGCCUCGGGGCACUUUUGGAUACUGUAAGUGACUGCCCUUUCUUUUUUUGGAACUCAUGAGGCUUUCCGUCCUUCUAAGCCUCUUGACCUCUUGAUAUUCCUUUUGCCACAGAUGAGAGCUCUUAGAAACCUUGGGCUCAACGUUGUCAAGGCUAAUGUAUUCUUGGAUUCCUCUGGCAAACACAAUACAUUCGCCAUCACAAAAGCGUAAACUUUCUUUCUUUGUUUUCCAUCAUUCAUGAUCCUAGAAGUGUCCAGGCUUGUCGCCGUGCCCGGCAUAGUAGUGAUUGGAUACAUGGAUGAGGAAGGCGGACUAAAGCAAUAUGCUUUUCAGGUCUACUGGACGUAAGGUUGAUGAUCCCGAGUUAUUAGAAGCGAUACGUUUGACGAUAAUUAACAAUAUGCUCGAGUACCAUCCGGUAACCGUUUGUGAAAGAUUUCACUUUUUUGUGCACUUUUAGACCGUUUGUAUUCUUCCAGACUGAAAGUUUGUUCUACUGAUUUUUUUCUCCUCAGGAAUCCAGUUCCCAAUUGGCAAUGGGAGCAACCUUUGGAAUUGAGCCGCCAUCAGAAGAGGUAUGGUUUCCAAAUUUAGGUUCUGAGUUAGUCCCCAUCUCUCUCUCUCUCUCUCUCUCUCUCUCUCUCUCUCUCUCUCUCUAUCUCUGUUGCAAAAGCUUGAAUCAAAUAAAUUUUUUACAUAUAAAUAUGGCAUCACCUAAUUUUUCUGGAUAAAGAGCUCUGGGAACUUGUUUAACUGAAUUAAAUGAUGUGUUCUAGCUAUUGAAAUAAUCUCAUUGGUCCAACUCUUGUUGACUCUCGUUCUCAAAAGGAUCCUUUCCUAAUCAGAUGAACUGUUUCAGUGGUGUUAGGUUUUAGGUCGUAUUUUAUUGAAGACUGGGCCACCACUAAGGGAAAGAGAUUUUGGUAGUGAUCUUUCCAUCAGAAGGAUUCAGACCAACGAGGCCUUCCCUAAGAUAAUUGCUAUCUGUGGAUUUUAUCCUUCAAGCGCAAGUCCUAUGCAUCUGGGUCCUGAAGAGGCGUAAACAAUCGAUUAGGCUGACAAAAAUUAAUCUGAUAAAUGAAGAUUUACGAUUUUUUCAUUGAUUGAAAUAUCACAGUGAGAUAAUUCGCAAAAUAUUGGAGAUUGAAAGAACAACAACUGCCACGAAUCUUAUUUCAUUAAAUAGUUAUGUUUUAUUUCUCAUCACAAGCUUCUAUCUAACAAAGUUCAUUCCAUCAUCAUUCCCAUGAUCCUUAGAACUCAAGGACUCUGCGGACCUGACAACUAUUUAGUCUAUCUGUUCAAUGCUACUCUUUCACUUGUUCAUCUUGUUUGCUAACAUACAUUUACAUAAUAUUUGGAUCCUCUAAUUUCUUUCUCCACAUUGGUCAUUAAGGCUUAGAUAAUGUCUCAAAUUGAUGUUUGUUCUAGCUUGGGAUCUUGAUCUCUCUACCAUUACCUGGGUCUCUUCUCUUCUGUAUCAUUGCAAAUCUUCUGAUACAGCUCAUGUACAGGUUGAUAUCGAUAUUGCUACCCACAUAUACGUGUACGAUGAUGGCCCUGAUCGUAGGUAUGCUCCUCUGGCCUGUAUAUACUCUGUAAUUUUUGAGAAAUUUCCAAAUAAUAAAACGAUUAUUCAAUGUCUAAACGACAGGAUCGGAAGGGUUGACUAUUUAUUUAUUUUUAUCCGGACGAAUUAAUCUCCAAAAAAAAUAAAAAAAAAUCUGAAUUUUCAGCGAGCUAUUUUCCUUCUCAAUCUGAGCUAGAGGCUCUUCCUCCUCAGUUUGCUGGUCGUGGAGACAGCAGACCGGCCAGGGCUGCUGGUGGAUAUCGUCAAGAUGGUCACCGACAUAAGUGUGGCAGUCGAAUCAGGGGAAUUCAACACCGAGGUAGCCAGACCCUUCGUUUCAUCUUCCUUAUCCUGUUCCAGCGGACCCCUUUGCUCCUUCUCGGUCAGUCUUCCUUAACCUGUUCUAGCGUAAUCUUUUCUCUCCUCGCGCAGGGACUCCUGGCCAAAGCAAAGUUCCACGUCAGCUACCGCGGCAAAGCCAUCAUCAAGCCCCUGCAACAGGUGAGUGCCCACCCUCCACACGUGCCAAAUAAUGCUCCCAACCAGACUCCACACGUGCCGUUACGGGCUCACAGCUCUCAAAACGACCGCUAAUCUUCCACUCUCGGCCCUGCUCAGUCUCUGGGCAUCCAUCAUACAAUAAAUAUAAAUAAUAUAUAUUCGCUUAUUUAUUUAGAUAUUUUUUCUUGAUAUGCUAAUUAUUAUCUAUGUUGUUGAAGGUGCUGGGGAACAGCCUGCGGUACUUCCUGAGGAGGCCCUCCACGGAGGACGCCAGCUUCUGA